GCGGGUAAAUGGACUGAGGAUUAGCAACUGUCAGUGGAUAUGGGGGAAGAGAAAAAGGGAAAUAGUUCUGGUUAGUUAUAAGAGAAGUGAAAGAGAUGCCAAACAGAGUAAGAAAGUAAAAGACUAAGAAAAAUAAGAGAUUGGAUAGAAAAGCAAGAGUGCACUUGGACUGGGACUGAGCACUUGUGUCUGGAAUUGGGUGGAUCCAUCUCUGAAGAGACUUGACAUCAACCACCAAGGCCACCAUGUACAGUGGAUAUGGAGGGAGGCCGUCCCGAACUCUCUCCACCAUGUCGUUGGCUGCUCGUCCAGUCAGACGCCUCACCCCCGGAUCCAUCACUAGGAGCCAGAGCUUCACUGGAGUCAACACUAACGACAAGUCCUACAGGAACCUUUCAGUGUUCAGCACUCCAGCUCUCAGCAGGAAGCACAGCAGAGCCAGCAGGAUGUUUACCAUGUCCACCAAGUCCAACCCACCACCUAAAGUUCCUCAACCGGAGAGGCUUGAUCAGGUCUACGAAGCACUAAAGAAAGGCCUUCAGUCUUACCUACAGGUUAAUCAGAUGGAUUUGGACAGCCUCAGCAGACAGAUGAAAGAAUCAAAGAGGAACUCCAGACUGGGUUUCCUGUAUGAACUGGAUAAGCAAAUGAAGGUGACUGAGAGGUACAUACGACGGCUGGAGUUUCACCUCAGCAAGAUUGAGGAGCUGUAUGAAGCCUACUGCCUGCAGAGGAGACUCAGGGAUGGAGCUAACAAGAUGGUUAAGGCUUACACUGCCUCUCCAGGCAGUAAGGAGGCCAGGGAGAGUUUAGCAGAGGCCAAUAAAGGAUACAAAGAGUACACAGAGAACAUGUGUGUAUUGGAGAGUGAGUUGGAGAACCAGCUGGGAGAGUUCCACAUUAAGAUGAAAGGUCUGGCUGGAUUUGCUAGAUUGUGUGCUGGUGACCAGUAUGAGAUUUUUAUGAGGUAUGGUCGGCAGCGGUGGAAGCUCAGAGGCAGGAUAGAGAUCAAUGCCAAACAGUUGUGGGACAGUGAAGACAUGGUGUUUGUGCCACUCAUCAGCGAGUUCCUCUCUGUCAAGGUGACAGAGCUAAAGAGCUUAGCCAAUCACGUGGUUGUAGGAAGUGUUUCCUGUGAGACUAAGGACCUGUUUGCUGCACUACCCCGGACAGUUGCAGUGGAUAUUAAUGACCUUGGGACUAUAAAGCUAAGCCUUGAAGUCACCUGGAAUCCAUUUGACAAAGAUGACCAGGGGUCAGUAGCAAGCACAGUCAACAAAGCUCCAACUGUCAGUAAGAGAUUCUCAACCAUCUUUAACCAGAGUCCACCUGACACGCCGUCUCUGCGUGAACAAGCCUUCUACUCUCUGCCUCGGAGUCUGACCAGGCGGCAACACUGGCCACUGCUGGACAUCUUCAGAGACACACUUAGCCAGAGCUGUUCAUGUAGUGACAGCUCACCAACAAGACAGCCCACUGCAAACAUGCUCCGCCGACAUGAGGAGUUAGAAAAUGGAACAGCAUGGUCAAAUUCAUCCGAAUCCUCUGAUGACUCCUCCAGUCCUCAGCUGUCUGCAGGAGGACUACGCAACUCUACACAUCAUACGGCGGUGGUGAUACCAGAGAUCCAGCCAGCUGUAACAGGAAGUUCCCCCCCACAGCCAGACAUCUUAUUUUGCCUCAGAGACUCCUCCUCAUCAUCUCCAAACUCUGCCCACAAAGUCACAGAGGUGCCCAACACAUCCAAACGCCAAGCGGAGAGUGGCAGGGAAGAAGAGAAGGGGACAGUCACUGUGUUGACAAAAUCUGACAGUGCAGAAGAGGAUGCAGAGAAACAGACUUCAGAAGUGGACAGGGUGGUGACCAACAGCCAAAGUUCACGUAGCUACUUGCGCUCUUUGAGCCACAUUAGUGAAAGCAGUGCUGAUGGCGUUGUGUUGACGGACAGGUCAGUCAGCGAAUCAGGAGAGGUGAUGUCUUUGGCCUCUGGGCUCUCCAUCAAUGACAUUGAAAUGGAGAUGCCGAGCAGAACUCCUGAGCCGCCCAGCUUUGCCGUCACAGACACUGACCUGUCAUCAAGGAGGCUUGCUGAUGUAGAAGAAGCUGACAAAGUCACUGAUCAACAUCAAAAUGGGAAGAAACAAAAUACAUCGAGCCCUGUUCUCACAUCCACCUCUCACAGGGCUGAAGGAGUGGACCCUAACUCUCCAUUACACCUGCACACACUCAACACACUCACCGAGGGUGGGGAUGUGAUGUAUGUAGCCUGCCGUGUGUCAGUGGAGGAGGACUUGUCAGGUCCAGGAGCAGAUUGUCUGUCCAGAGAGGAUGAUGCUGUGGUGGACAGUUGGCUGGAAGAUGCCUUGGGAGCUGUAGUUUCUUCUCUGGAUGAUUACAGAGGACAGUUCCCUGAGUUACAACUACUGGAACAAGAGCUGAAGCUGCUGCAGGUCACACUGAAGGGUGGCAAGCACAGCCGUUCACCCAGCAUGGUCAGCCUCACAGUGGAAACAGCUCUGGGCAGCUUUGAUUUCCUCAACACAUCUGACUGGGAGGAGGAAGAGGAGGAGAAGGGCGACAAGAGGAGCAGAAAUGGAAGGUCUCUGCAGGACAGAGGCUGGGACAGCCCCUCCUCCACCACCUCCCCCCUCACCACAGGCUGCACCACUCUAGACUGCACCCUGGUGGUCCACUUAAAGAACUGCAGCACACAGCUAUUGCGUCUGGGUACGUUUGGUCCCCUGCGCUGUGGAGAGAUGUACGCCAUGGACAGACUGCUGAGAGAAGCUCGAGUCCUCGAGCUCAUCCGACGCAUCACCAAGGAGAACCCAAGACGACCGAGACAGCCUGCUGAAGUGAUACCACAGCUGGGCCUGUGCCUGGGUGCUGUGUCGCUAUGGCAACAGUGUGUGGGGCAGGGCAGUGUAUACAGUGUCCAUGCUGACGACCUUCUUGUGACGCUGUCGACAGUCUACUCCAGCAUACUGCCUGAGAGGGUCAUCCAAAUGGCUGACACAGUGUUCUUGUGUCUGGCUGAGCGAAUUCUGGAUCAGAGGUUACCACGACGAGGCAGUAACAGAGACAGACUGACAGUGACUAUCUUCCAGUUGUGGACUUACUUGGAGGCCAGUGGUAUCAGUGACAUGGAGACUCAUGUCACUGAGCUGGCAGAAGAAGUGUGGUUGGUGCAGAGCCUGGCAUCAUGUGACCAGGAUGUGAUUGUCCAUGCUCUGCGGCGUCCUGUAGAGUGCAGCCUGAGGAGAGAAGGGCUUCACACUGUGGUCAAAUUACUGAAAGACCCACGAGGCAAAGUGUCAGCCUCUGCCAGCUCAGUACUGAGAAGCCUGGCGGCCCAGCCCAGACAGAGAGAGCAGGCUUUGGUGAGCUGUUUGGAGCUGCUGGAAGAUGAAAAUGUGGACACCAGAGUCUGUGGAUGCAAGGCCUUAGCUUGUCUCAAGGCUAAAGAAAGUAUUGACCAGUUAGUGUAUCUUUGUCGGACAGACAAGGAGGAAGUCCGCGAUGCUGCCAAACAGGCACUGCUAGUGCUAGGCGAGGAGGGGAAGAUGGCCCACAGACACGUGGAGACGUCUCAGGACAGCAUACCAAGACUCUUUGCACCAGGAAGCAUGGCCAGCACAGCUUUCUAACACUACAGACCCCCCCCCCCCCAACACACACACAUUGGGUGGGAACAACAGCAGAAAAUUAGCAACCCAAUAUCAAGGUUGUGCAUGCUCACCAUGUAUGCAGGUAAACAUGAUAUAGAUUCUAUGAUAAGCAGUAUAUACACUGUCAGACAAGUUGCCAUGAUACUCACAUCUAGGACAGCAAUUCUACUUAAUACUGGGCAAAUAUUUUAAGUUAUUAAGCUACAAACACAACCUGUUUAUAAACCUGUGCUAACUACUCUGAGAAAACCAGUUGGACUGUUAAGAAGCUGGAAUGAAUCUAUAAUGUGAGCAAGCUUUAACUAAUGAUGGGUAGAGGGAGAAGCAGAAGGAUGAAAUGGACACUGAGGGAAGAGGAUGCAGAGGAGUUACAAGGACCUGGAAGAACAAGUCGGCGUUGCCUGUGUCACAUACAGCUAAUGACUCUUUGCCAUGUCAGUCCUGUCCAGUGUGAGUAAGCUGAUUAGCAAAAGUCUAAAAAUCUAUUCAAAUUCACUUUAUUGAUUCCAUGUCAUAGCCAACUAAAUGCACAAAAAUCUGCAGAAUGAUGUUUCUGACUCUGAAUCAGUGUUCAGACUGGUAACAUAGUACACACAUAUAGUUACAGCAACAUACUAUCCCUACCGUUAUAUAAAACUUUUCCUAAUGAUAUUGCUGUGUCCAUUUUGGAGCCCAAAUGCGUGUUGUACCGUCCAGCUCUAUACAGACAGCUCACUGUCAUGUGACAUUCCUGAAAAAAAUCAACAGUAUGACAGUAAAUGACUUUUCCAAUUACGUUACACUUUAUAAUGACCAUCGUUACUAAAUGUUUAAUUUAUAGUUAAUUGAACUUUAGUUAAUCGUUAUUUAAUUGUUGAAAAUGGAAUAAUGAAACUGAAAUGCAUUUUAAACUAUUUAGUAGAAAUAUAAAGGGCUUGUAAAGGUUUAUACACAUCAGCUGUAACUUUAUAACUAUCAGCCAAAAAAUGUUUGUUGGUAAACUUACCAUUUUUCAGUCACUAUUAACAUUAACACCAUUAAUAGUAUUCUGAACAUCAUCAUUACACAUUAUUUACAACAAGACAAGGUCUUCAUUUAUAAAGCUUUCGAUUAUGUGUUUUAAUGUCUACUAACUAUUUGAAUUACAGUUAAUUUACCAUUUAUCAAUGAUGGUUCUUACAAGGUAUCACCCAGCUCUGCCUUUACUAUAGCCGCUGGCCUACUUUUGCUAGAUGACUAUGGUUACAUGCCUGUGGUACUUGCACCAGGGCUGUAGUCAUGACCAGUGAAGACUUUAAGGUCUGAGUGGUUCUGAGAUUGAUUCAAAGCUUAGUCUAAAUGAAACCAGAUCAAGAUCGAGACCAAAAAAAUAAAGCAGUUCCCAUGCAAAAUCCUUCAAUUGAUGGUCUCACUGUUGUGAGUACUUGCAAACCAUGAUAUGUAAUUACUAGUCUUUGAAAAAAGUUAAAUAGCAUAAGAAACAAAAGACCAGACUUAAGUCCUCCUGCCAGUGAGCAGUGCACUUCAGAGUGAGCUGAAUCUGUAGAGGAAGUCACGGCGCACUUAAACAUGGCAUAAAAACUCUACCUAUUAUCUUAUUUAAAAGGAAAAUAUUUGUUUGCUCUCAAACUUACUGGGCUUAUUGUUUGGAAUGUUCUUUAUCGCUGCGGGGACUACCAUCUGAUAAUUGAAAUGAUGAAAUCAUUAGUGACCGUUUUCUGAGGUUUGGGGUUAAAUGGUAGGUUUGGACUUGUCAAAAUGGUCUUAUUUGACUUAUUACUACAGUUGGCUGCUAUAAUCAUUGUUCCUUUGUUGGAGAUACAUGACUGCCAUCAAACUGUAGAGAAACUACAGCACAUGUAGUUUGUACAGUGUGCCCUCUGUCUACAGCUAAAGGUGUGAUUAUUGCUGUUUGCUUCGAAUUGCUAGUAGAACGCAUGCAGACACAGCCGCCUCCUGUCUGCAUCCCUGAUCUCUCCCCAAAACAGGCAUGACAUUACACACUUUACGACACUUUCUCCUCAAAGACAUUCAAGGUGUUGCAGUUGUUUUUUAGUACAAAAAGUGACAGAAGUCAGUAGAAGAAAGACAAAGGAGAGCUUGACAGAAAAGUGUGUGUCAAACUGACGACCUUUGAAAUUUCCAAUGCAAAGGGGGUUCAGAUGCACACUGAAGUCUUGAGAGAUGGGUUAUUUAAGUCUUUGUUUCAUGCUAAAAUUCAUUCACAAGUCAUAUUAUGCUUCAGGUGGUAGCACAGCAGAGACCACAACAUGUAAAACAUGCUGAACUAAUGUGGAAUACUUCUUGAAGACCUUUAUCUUUGAGAGCAAUCCCAUAUGUGUUCCUGCUGAGAGGAACAUCAUGCAUGUUUCAACACAGAGAGCAUCAAAAUCACGAUUGAGAGGCUGAUGAGUGUCCUGUAUACAGGUCUUAGGGCUUUGUUAUUGUAUUGUACUGCCUUGUGUUGCCCGGGGUGACACAUUGUAGCUGAUGAAGGAAGGACACUGUAGAUUCAGCAGCUCAAACAGCUGCAGCACCAUGUUUCAACUGGUCGACUCACACUGAUGACCGAAAAAUACAACAACAAAAAAACAUUUGGUUUCCAUCCAAAAUCUGUACCACUACUCAUACUGGCUUAUUAGCUGUGAAAUGUCCUCCACUUUAAAAGAUGAAAACGAAAGCUUUCAUUCCCUUUCCCAUAUGCCUUUAUGUUCAAUGUUGCCUAUUUGUUGGCAGCAGGUUACAGUGAAAAAAACAUCACACAAUCACAAUCACACUGUGGUUCUAUAUAAAGCAUAGAAAUGAUGGAGAAUAUUUUCCUCUGCACAGAGAACAGUUUAAGCAAUUCAGUGCCAUUACUUUUCAACAAUUAUGACACAAUUCAUUCUUUAUGAAAAAUACAUAGAACAUAACUAUAUGCCACUGGAAUUCAAUAUUCUGAGAGUGUAAAUUGUUUUUAUUUUAGAUUCUUAAUUUGUAAAUGUAUACUUUAUGAGAUGCAUUUUUAUUGUUUUAACAGUUUAUUUUCAGUCAUUCAACCAAUUAAUUUGAUUCAGUGAAUGACACCACUUAACUGUGCCACUGACAUACGUGCUGUAAAUGGCUGGCAUUCUGUUGGAGUCACUGAAUAUUUGCAGUACUGUCACAGACAGGCUGUGGGGGACUGAGAUUACAGAGUAGAGAGAGAUUGGUCCAUCUGGGUCUGGGAUCAGUUCACUUGUAACCUCAAACCUAAAAGAUUUCUUGCUUUUAGAAUGAUUAAGAAUCACCUUUAUAUCUCCUGUGAAAAAAUUGGCAUCCUCAACACUUGUUAUAUUUUUAAAAUGUCUUUACAUGUUUAUGUAAUUUGCUGGAAAGAAAUCCUUUGAGUUUUGACAAUGCUGCUGACCAAUUUCCAGAGCGAACAUAUUACAUUCACCAAAGAAAAACAGUGAAGACCUCAUUUUGUUAUUAUUGACCUCAUAAUACUGUAACAAGAUAUGCAUUUUAUAUUGAUGACUCAAUAUUGAAUCAUGUAUGAGAUGCUAUCAUUGUGACUAAUGAAUUCAUAAUUACAAGAGCUGUAAUUAUGAAAGAAGUCCUUGUAAUUAAAUUUUUACCCUUAUAACUAGGAAACAGUUAUCAUUAUUUUGAGAUAUUCUUACAUAAUUAUAUGGAUACUGAUCACGAAAUUAUGAAAUACUGAGCACAGCUAAGAGUUAAUGUCUCUGUUUUAUUUUUUUUCUUCGGUGAAUGCAAUUAUCAUCCCAUUCCAAAUCAUGGUGUGGUAUUUUAGAUUCCUGAGCACUGUUACAGGAUAGUCACUUCAGCUUGAUGAUGGUUGGCUACAAUAUUUCUAUGUCAGUAGUAUAUUGACGUGUACUAAACUCAUAGAAUAUACAAAUACUACAAUGUAACACAAUGUAUAAAUGUUGACAGAGAAAUUGGUACUAACUGGAAAUUAUUUGUAAUUAGCAGCCAUGCUUCCCAUGGGGCUCUAGUGAUCGAAGUGGUGGUCAGUCAGUCCAUCUCUGGUCUUGACUGAAAGUAACAAAUGAAUCCAUGAAAUUUUGUUCAGACAUCCAUGUCCCCCUCAGGAUCAACUGUGACAAUUAAGGUGAUUAGCUAACUUUUCCUGGUGAUCCAUCAUGAGAUUAAAUUUUCAGUCAGGAGGUAAUGCUCCAUAAUUUACAACGUGCCAUCCCUGUUUAAUUCCCUUAGACUCUGAUGUUCUUAAUAACACAUCUGUUAUGCAAAAUAAAUCAGUAGUACAUUGUAGCUGUGCUUUUAAGGAUAUAACCAUCUAAAAACAGGAUUAGGGCUGUGGUAUAUAAAUAUAUAAUAGUUAUGAGGAAGGAAAGUCUGAAUUAUGAUGUUUAUGUUAAAAUUAAAAUAAAAAAUUAUCAGAAUUUGGGCAGAUAUUUGAGAUUAAAGAAUUCAGACUUUUUAUUUCUAUGAACUUAAUCAUAGAUUUAGUAUUCAGGUGUUCAUCUCAGACCUGAUUUUUUUUCCCACAUAGACAUAAUGUUCUUCUAUGGAUCUCGGAUGCAUAUUGGAGAAAAUAAUGGAUCACUAAUGUACUGUUGUGUUGAGAUGAGGGUAGUCAGACAACUAGCUAACCAGCUAGUUGUAUACUGCAUUCAAUGUGGUAUUUAGUUCUUAAAUACAGCAUAUUAGAAGCAAUAGGCUGUAGUGCCACUGGAAUAAAGGACUGAUGUCACAUA